AUGGAAAUAGCGGACCUGCCUUUAGUUCCAGAGGUGCUGCGCUGCAGCCGCGAUGGAAAGAUAAAGAGCAAAGCGACAUUAGCAGCAGCAGCAGCAGCAGCGUCAGCAGGGCUCCAGCAGCAGCAGCUGCUGCAGCUGCUGCAGCAGCUGGACCCAGCAGCAAAACGGGACUUCUUUAAUAAAUUAAAAGAAAAAGGAAAUAAACAUUAUUACCAAAAUGAGUAUGCAGCAGCAAUUUCCUGUUACGAGCGGGCCCUCUUAGCUAUUGAUUUCGAGCAGCAGCAGCAGCAGCAGCAGCAGCAGCAACAGCAGCAGAAGCGUGACAGCCAGCAGCAGCAAGGGCACCAACUCGAGCCUGCACCGCCACAGCCCCAGCAGCAGCAGCAGCAGCAGCAGCAGCAGGAAAGCCUGCUGCAGCAGCUGAGUCUCUCAUCUGGAGAGCAGCAGCAGCAGCUGCUGCAGCUGUUGCUGAAUCUAGCAGCAUGUUUGCUGAAGCAGCAGCAGCACCAAAAAGCAAAAAGGGUUUGCGAAAUGGCCCUCUGUCUAGACAGCAGCAACUUCAAAGCUCUUUACAGAGCAGCAGCAGCAAAUAAACAUCUGGGAGAUUUCAAAGCAGCAAAAGCAAAACUCAAGCAGAUCUUGUCGCUGCUGCAGCAGCAGCAGCUGCUGCUGCAGCAGCAGCAGCAGCACGGGGCUUCCUCUGUGCAGCAAGACGCAGACUGUACUGAUCUUGAUGCUGCUGCUGCUGCUGCACCUAUUGCACCUGCUGUCGCUGCUGCACCUGCUGCAGCAGCUGCUACACCUGCUGCAGCUGCUGCUGCUGCAGCUGCUGCUGCUGCAGCUGCUGCUGCUGCACCUGCCGCAGAAGCUGCUGCUGCACGUGCUGCUGCUGCGCUGCAGCAGCUGCGUUCUUUGUGUCUGCGCGAGCUGCAGCAAAUAGAGCAGCAGCAGAAAAGAUUUGCUGCUGUCUGCGAGCGCAUCAGCAGCAACUGCAGCAGCAGCAGCAGCAACAGCAUAAAUAGUAGAACCAAACACCAGCAGCAGCAACAGCAGCAGCAAACGGCAAGAGCCCUAGCAUCCACAGCAGCAGCAAAAGGCACAGUAGCAGCAACAACAACAGCAGCAGCAGCAGCAGCAAGUACAGCAGCAGCAGCAGUAGCAGCAGCAGCAGUAGCAGCAGCAGCAGCAGCAGCAGCAGCAAGUACAGUAGCAGCAAGUACAGCAGCAGCAGCAGCAGCAGCAGCAGCAACGGACUCGCUGUUUGAUCAGCUGGAAGUUGUGUCCGGGGUUUUGAUCGCAGACGAGAAGUUUGUUGGAAAGUUUUAA